AAACAGGUUUACGACGUACUGACGCAUUCAUGAAACAACAUGUAAGUGUAAAACAGAAGCAGGAUUUACACUUUUAUCAUCGAACUCUCUCUCUCUCUCUCUCUCUCUCUCUCUCUCUCUCCCUCUCCCAUAGGCUAAUCAGUUGGUACUUUUCAAUCCAGCAGCCUCAGCAUCCACCACCACCACCACCCCCCAUCCUCUCUCUCUCUCUCCCUCUCUCAGAAGAGGACAGCCAACUGCCGGUGUGAGCGAGCUGUUUUUGUCCGCUAAACCAUGGUGGGAAUUACGGAUAUCGCGUGCCUUCUCGUCCCGCUGGUGAUGCUCGCGGGCUCUACCUUGCAGACCGACGUGAAGAGCGCCAAGGAGGCGGAAAAAACGGGGAAUUUCAUGGAAGACGAGCAGUGGCUGUCCACCAUUUCACAGUACAGCCGCAAGAUCAAGCACUGGAAUCGCUUCAGAGACGUAAGUCCGUCGUGUUGACUGAGAUGUGCGCCUUAUUGCAGUAGAAAAGGUCCAUGCACAGUCCCUUUAGAGACAGGGGAUAGUUAUCACACUCUUUCUUUGCAUGAAAAUACACCAAAACUUGGAGCUGCUGUUGGACCAGACACCAAAAUAACAUAGAAGCACUCUCCCAAGCUGAGGAACUGCUCUCACAAAAGACAAAAAAACAAUGUAAACCUGUGUAAGAUCUACAAAAUGGAAAGAUCAUACCCUACAUAUUGUUAUUUUUUGUCUUUUUAUCCUAUCUCAGUUGAUCUUCUUUUCUUCUAUUUUUUAUUUCAUUCUCUUUCCUUUGUUUACUACAUAUUAAUGCACCAAAAACACCAAAACAAACCCCAAUAUAUGUGUCAACUGGCGGAUUCUCGCUCUCAUAUGGAUCUGAUCUGAAGCUUAUAUAAUACAGUAAGAGGAAGAACAUAUAAAAUAUAUAGUCUGUUGUGUUUACAAUGUUGGCAUGUGCUUUAUUUUGAAGGGCUGACUCCUUUUGUCCAUAAUUCAUUUACAUAAUGAGUUUUGUUUUUAAAGAACCACCAUGAAUAUUAAUACAGUAAUGAGAUAGUUCAGGUUUAAAUGGAUCAUUGUUGUCCUAAAGCCAAAAACUGAUGACUUGUCUGACUCCUUCUUGAAUGGAGAGAUUCCAGGAGGGAAAUUUGAAAGCUUUGCCAGGAAUUGGAGGUCAAAAUAAAACAAAUGCAAAUAUACUGGAACCAUAAAUAGACUACUACUACUCUCUAUCGUAAGUGUACGGCCCCUCAGUCAAUUAAAAGCAGUAAAUGUUUCACUCUCACUCGCACAGCAGGAGUAAGACAGACCUUUUCCAUCAUACUGCUCUUAAUGUGGGUUACCUCAGAUGUGUUUCCAGACAUGUCCCAGGAGAUUUUCACAAACAAGAGAAUUAAGUAAUUAGAGCAGAGGGGGCGCUGAUUGAUUGAUGUGUAUAUUCACCUACUGAACGGACUGAACUAGGUUGUGGGGAUUGAUGUAAGCCUGCAGGGUAUAUGCGGUGAUAUAUUGCUGUGUCGCUGGAUGUAUGGACGUUUAUUUCUGCCUCCAGCUCUGUGAAAUGAUUACUAAUGAUCCCAACAGGAUUUGGACAAUAGUGCAGUCGGAUUAGGUUCCAUAUGAGUCCUGUUAAUUGGGUUUUAAUUGAUCUAGGCUGAAUGCAAGCACGUGAUAGGUAUCAUUAUUGGAUUGGAAAUAUGAGCUCCAGGUUGAGCAUCUUUAUGAGGACGAUGCAAUAUCUUUUCAUGAGGAGAGGAGUGGUCUUUAUAUGUGAUAACAGCCCACAGGAGGCCGCGGUGUCGCCUCUGAUCUGCAUUUAUAUGCUCCUUUAAAUCACAGAUCCUGGACGUCCCUGUAGAAAAGGUGAAUGUGUCUGAAAAUUGGCAGCUGCCCCCCUCAUGGGGAUGGAUUACUUUGGCUGUGAUUAGAGGAUGUCCUCUGGAACUGUACUUAGGGAAGUAAUGAAAUUGUGCGAAUGGAAAGAUUAAGUCAGAAUUACUGUGGGAUUAUAACUCUCUGGAUGCCGCUCUGUAUAUUUGCACAGCUUUGAUCCAAAAUGUUAGCAAGAGCGGCAACUCCACUCUGAAUUCAGCACAUCAUGACUAGCCGCGCAUAAAAGAGAAAGCCUUUUUCACGAGAGAAUAAAAACAAAAACACACUCAUGGAAAAUGUGGAGCACCCUCUGAUAAAAAAAAUGGUCCAGGGAAAGUGGGAUCAUCUCCCUAACGUGGCUUAAGGGGCUUCCAUCUACUGUGAAGAUCUCGUUUGCUCCACUUUCCAUUUUUCUCCUCAGUUUUUAGCAUCAAAGCUGCUGCUGCCGUGUGACACAAACAGCCCCCUACAGUUCCACACGAUUCCCAGAGGUGGCUGUCUUGAUGCGCGUGCGUGUGCAUUAGCGUUGUGUGUAAGGGUAGGGCUAGUGGUGGUGGUGGUGGUGGUGAUGGUGGUGUGUGUCUCUGGUGAGGAGGAUGAUGAUGACAGGAGAAACAUCAGAGAAGCAAACCAGCGAGCCUCCCCGGGGGAAUCACCAGUGGAAACGGCUUUGAUUUCAGUUUGCUGCCGUGGCAACAGCAGCUUGUGUGUUAGGGUGUUGAAAUGGAGCAUGUAUCACUGAGGGUUUGAUGACUCUAUUCCCAUCACUGGUCCUGCUUCAGAGCGGAGAAAACAACCUUGUAUCAGGAUUGUUUUAACAUCACUCAAACUCCCACCUAAACGCACACAAUCAUACACUCAUCCGCUUAUCUAUUCUGACUAUAAUAUACAUUUAAUUGGUGUUGCUUCAUGUCAACAUUUGAGCCAAAAAGAAUAAAGAUCAGUCUGACGGGAUUAUUCGGUUAAUGCAUAAAAGGCUGCUGAUGACACUGUUAUAGGUAUUCAGAUUACAUAAAUUGAUGUUGACUUGCAUAGUCCUCCGAGAGCUGAACGUUGAAUAUUAAUUCAACUCUGGAAAGCAAUAAUCAAAGCUGCACAACAUGAAAGAUGAGCUCUUUUAUUCUUCCUUUUGCACGCAAACACACAGAUGAAAAAAAACACACACACAAUGCAUACUGUAGGCUGAAGGAUGCACGCUGUAAAUAUUUCAUGUUUAUUCUCUUAUGUAAAAGGCAGAAUCAGGAUAAGAGGCUCUUUCACUUCCAAUAAAAAUAGCUCCCACACUUCAAUUUAAUCUAUUUCACGAGAGGACAAGGCGAUUAGAUUUAACAGUUACAGUCAACAAAUAACAGAAUGGGAUACCUUCAAUCCUUUAAUCUGACAGGUGCACUCAACAUUUCAUUCCACUAAUGCACCAAAUCCAGGGAAAAAGGGAAACAAGGGAGCAUGUGGGCAAGUCAUGGUAUUAUAACUCCUAGACUGAAAAACUCUUAUGAGAGAAAAACUACUCAUUUCACUUGGAAAUGUUUAUUUUUCUUUUAUUUUGAUCUGAUCUUAGUUCAAUAGAUGAUUUCUGACUGGGAGUGACAGCCAAACCUAAAGCCCUUCCUCAUGAUGAACCUUCAAAUCAAAUUAGACAGCUCUCCGAUGGAAAACUAUAAGAUGAUGAUAUGAAGUGGCUGGAAAAAAUUGCGAAUCUGAUUAAAAAGACAUCUUCUUCUUUAUCAUGCGCCCGGUUUUAUUUGAAGCAAGCGCAUCCUUGGAAUAAAAAUCAGUUUUGCUCGUAGAAAUUUAAGAACUCAAUUAAAGGGACGGUAACAUGUCAGCUGGGAUCAUCUCCCCAAUCUCUGCGCUGUCUAUUUUCAUUUAAGCGCUGAAUUAAACGGCUGGAGUCUGCUGUAUUUUUAUGCACAGCAGAUCCAAUUUAAGAGCAAAUCAACAGUAAAUUCAAUUUUUUGCUCAACUUCGCUUGUAAAAAGGAUACGGUGCAUGAAAUCACCAAGCCGUGAAAUUGGUACGAUGUUUUAUUCCUGUUGAUUUAAGAUGAACUCAGAUAUGAGCCCAAAAAUGGAUGAUGAUUAGGACUUAGCAGAACGAGUUCACCCAGAAGCAGGCUGUUUAUUGCUGGCAUCUAUCACGCAUGCAAAAAGUCCUCAGUGUUCAUGGUUUUGUUUAUUUCAUUUUCUCCUCCUUUCCAAAAAGCACUGUCUGUGCCUGGUAAGUCCUUAUCUUUGCUCCUAAAGUCAGGCAGCUCUGGAUCACCCUGUACCAACCAACUCUAAGCACCUGUUAUCCAUUCACUUCAUUUUCAAGGAACAGAAAACACUCUGUGCCAGCACAGAAAACACCAGAUCCCUUGUCAGUGCCAGUGGAUUAAAUAUGCAGAAUGAGUGGAGCUCUUGCAGCAGGUUCUGGCGAGAACAUUUGACUUGAGUUUUUUAGUAGACUUAAAGGGAUAUUCCGCCGUAAAAUUAACUUAGGGUCAAACACACCGUAACACUGAGUUAGACAACCCCAUCGAGAGAUGAAUAUUGCCGACUGUUUGCUUCUCUAGUUAUUCCAACUUCAGUAAUGACCGCAUGAUAGCAAUACACAGCAGUCUGAGGAGCCGUCAACAAACCUCAACCAAAACGCCACUCUAUAGCCACAAAUAAUGCUCAGAACAGCACCUAACUUCAUCAACAGUACAUAAAGGGUCCCAGCCACAGCACUAGCCAUCAAACAUAUUUUGGCCUAAUUUCUUGAUCAAAGAGACUAAACACAACUCACCUACUCUCUUCCAGCAGCCGCUUGUUUGUAGCGAGACCUCAGGCCAGUCCAUUACGGACUGCUACGGGGUGACACAGCUCAAGGAAGAACAUUUAUGAUCAUUUCUUCAUGGAAAUGCAAUCAGACCAAGAUGCUAAGGCAGAAGAACUACCGCAUCUGCAGUGCAAAAUGAUUAAUAUGAUGACUAUUUCUUCAAGGAAAUGAUAAAAGAAAUUAUCAUAAAUGUUCGUCCCCAAACUAAUUUAUGCCGGAAUAUCCCUUUAAGCCUUUAGCGAGCUCCUUUAACUGGCAACCAUCCAGCUGAGUUUUGACACUGUGGCGGCAGACAUCAGUGCACCUUUUUACAGUUUCACACCAUUGCAAAGGAUAACAUAAUUGUGGUAAUGGCAUCUAUGAAACUGGAGCCAAAUACUCCAUUACAGAGUAUCCUCAAGCACUGUAAAUUAUCAUCACACGCAGGCGCAGCCCUAAGUCUAGAUUUCCUUUCAUACAGCCCCUGAUGACUUUCGUCUGCAUGUUCUGGUGUUUCACCGCUAUGAACGGUGAUAACAGCCUAUCGGAAAUCCAUUAAUCCAUCAAGGCAAGCUUUGUUCCGACGUGUGCCGUCCCUUAUCUGGGUUCUCUGUGAGGCUACAAACAUGCAGAUGGAGAUGGAGAGCCUCAACAGUUCUGGGAGAGAUGGUCAGAUUGUUUGGGUUGUGGAUGGACUGCUGGUGGGCUGCAGGGUGUCUUGGCUGGCUACCAGGGGCCUAGGUGGGCUGUAAUUGAGUAGAGAGGAGGGGGGAAAAAAAGGGAAAAGAAACAGCUUUUCAUCAUGCACUGCUCGCAUCACUACAGCUGCUUCCCACUGCAGUACAAUCGCCACAUCUGAAGGGCACAGGUGCCGCAGAGACAGGGAGACGAUGUGAUAAACAGUGAGAAAUAUGUGUCUAAGCAUCACAUUUCGAAGCAGAUGCAAUACACAGAAUUACACAAAUGCAUAUUCAUUGAAACUCUCCAUGCUUCAGAUGACAGAACUGGUCUUGUGAAGCACCCUGUAGUACAAAAUAUCCCCAAACAGAUGCCUGAAAUUUUCGUAUUUCAGAUGCAUGACUUGUCAGUGACCUGCCUUUGUGUGCCCGUGUUGUUGGAUACAUCAGGGGAGUCAGUAAGUCAAACAGAUUGUUUGCUGCAGAGAACACCAUCCACGAAUCUGCCCGUAAUGAGCUCUUUGUGGGAUACUUCAAGGGUCCUCUUGUAGACAGAAACCUGCAGAAAACAGCCAAGUAACCAGCAGUAUCAGUAAGAGCCAAACUACUGAAGUUGUGCAUCAGGAGUUGUAUUUGCUUCAUAAUUAACUCAUUUGAAAAUACACUACAGCUCUUAAAUUAUCAUAUUUGGCCGGGAUAUUUCAGAAAGACAGGCUCAAUAAAUCACUCCGGUUUUUUUCUUUAAAACUAACAAUAACUCUAAGUGGUAGUGGCUGUCCCUACAGUAAAUGCCACCCAAGUGUUAUUACCUCUGGGCCUGAGCCAGACUGAGCGAAGGCGCUGCCAGUGUGCACUCAGCACCUCCUGUAGCUACAGCAGCGGACAAGAGAAUUUGAUUUGAAAAGUUGAAAGUGGGUGAAAAUAACAGGAUGUUUUAGCGCCUGAGAGCACCUGAGAGUGGGCACGUUGAAAAAGCGCUUCCUGUAAUCAAAAAAAAAAAAAAAGAGAGAGAACAGACGGAGACUCGCAGAGUUUGGAGCUGAAAUAUGAUAGCUGAGAAUCUCUCACGGUCAGAAUUAACUGGAGAUCAACUCAAAGGAGUUCAUUUGUUGUUUGAUUGUAGCUUGUUUGUACCCCCUAAACAUAAGUCCAUUAGUAUUGAGAAAGAUAAAGAAGUGAAGUUCACUAUUUAUUGUUGCAUUAAAAAGAAAUCCGUAUUAAUGAGAAUUUCCGAAAUGAAUGUUACUGUCAUGGUUUUUGGGAAUGUUGGUGGCUGUUCUUUCACGGUUGAAGAAAAUUUUACGAAACGUUUAAAGUACUUGAUACAGUUGAAGAACAGAGAAGCUAAUUGAGAUAGUUUUUGAUGUUUACACUAGCUGCGUUAACAUGGGCACAAAAAAUCGGAAUAAAUGCCUGAUCGGAAUAAAAAUGAGUCAUGUAAACAUGUCGAUCGGAAGAUUCUGAUCCAAUUUGGCUCAGUCGGAAAGAAUUUGUGUUCCUAUCGAGAGGGGUGGUUUAUGCCGAUUGUUAUUUCGAAACGCGUCCCUGUAAACACUUAUUCUGAUCGUGACUCUCUUACCUUACCUUUGGCUAAUUUAUUGAGGCCAGUUCAGGAGGUUUCAUUAUUAACACUACAGCAUAAAACACAAACGCAGGUGCCGUGUCGGCUCCUUCGGUAACAUAACAAGGCAUUCACACAGCGUAAUGAUGUCUAACCUUUGACAGAAUAGUAAAAUAAGUACACAAGGGCGCCAUCUAGUGACAACAUUUAACGGGGGAAAUCUCCUGAAUUUGAUGGAGUGAGCCACUAGCGCGUUUGUUGGUUUGUUGUCAGCACAUGCGUACAUACAACUCUUCUUCUGCAGUUGUUUUAGAAGCAUGUCCAAAUGCUUCUAAUCUGAAUAACGCUUGGUGCAUGUACACGUCAUGAUUGGAUUAUUUGAUUUUGCACCCAUGUAAACAGUGGAUUCAGAUUAACCGAUCCCUCAAAUUGGAUCAAGAAAUUUUGCACAUGUAAACAUGGCUAUUGAUUUAGACAUGGAUUGAAAGAAAUCAGACGAUAUAUUUCAAAGAAGUCGUCGCUAACAUGAUUCAAAGAUGACUAAAAUUUAUCUGAGAUUUUGAAUAUGAGUGAACUUAGCCGGACUUGUUGGGCAGUAGCCGUCCUUCUGCCUUUUCCACUCCUCAGGCCAGGGUUCAGCCCACUUCUUGUAAGUCUCUCCCUCAAUUACAUCGUCUUCGAACUCCCCUGCCUCAAAUCAUUGGCUGAUUCCUAUUCUUCUUGGAGACCCUACAAAGGCAGCUUCAUUGAUUUUCCAUUGUUGUUCUUGUCUGUUUUUCAGUGGAGCUCGGUGUUUUCACUGAAGUGCGAAGGUUCUCGUUUGUACCCGAUUCUCCUGUGAGGUGCCGACUGUUUUCUUACUCCCUUCAGGGCCCUAAAAGGCACAAGGGUGCAUUUAUUUAUAGAUUGUGAGUAGAAGACUGCUGUGAGAGGCUUUUUGGAUUAAGUUUGUAUUCUUAUUCUCUGUAUAGUUGUUUUUUUUUAUUACAAAUUUCAAGCUGUGCGUCUUUCAAAAGCGAGUUUGUGUUGUGACAGGGUUUUUCUAGUUACACCAGUUGAUUUUUUCACUCUGCCUUAAAAUACCAAUCCAUUCAAAUGAAAAUUACUCCUCUGUAUUUACAUAACGGAGUGCUAUUUUCUGUCCUCUGCUGCUGUGACACUGUUUCUAACAUAAAGACUCAGACUGUAGAGCCUUUCUGGAGCAGUGUAGAGAGGGACAAUGCUCAGUAUGAUCUAUACUACAUAAGUCACGGGCCAGUCAGCGCAGACGUAAAUGAAAACCUUUUGUCUACCCUCUUCAGUCUGAAAGCAAUUACUUAUGUAUGAUCCAGCAGUGCAAUGAAGACAACGUGUCUUUUCAACUGUCGACCUGUGAUUAAAGGUAGAAAUUGAAAUCCCUCUGCAAGCUGAAGCAAAAGAAAUGCAUGAAUUAUUCACUCUAAAUUACUUUCGCUCAAACCAACGCUCCGUAUUGUUGUCGCGCUUUUGCUCGGUGUAUCUGGUUCAUGCACAAAACCUGGGAAUGGAAAUGCUUGGCCCAUAUUUCACCCUUGAUUUCCUGUGUGGACACAUUUGAUUGUAUUUUGAAAGGACUGUCAUUUCGUGCACUCUCUGAUAUCAUGGUUUAAACAUGGUUUCAUGUUUAAAGAAACCAUUAAAAGUAGUCGUCGGUGCUGAAACAAGGCCCACGAUAAUUCUCUUUGGGUGUUCUCUUUGUGCGUCUUAUGUUUUAAUGUCUCUUUGAUGUGAAAGGACAAAAGAAUUCCCUUGGUACUCACCAAAAGAUUUGCUCCUUCACAACAAAAGAGGGAACUUUUCUUUAUUUAAUCCUUUAAUUAAGAACACUCACACACAGGAAAAACAUGAUACAGUGGAAAGCACAGAGAAACGUGGAUUUACGGUAGCUUUGAAAUUACUUGUGUGCAGAGAUUUCAAAGAAAUACAAUUACUUAUUUUGUUGGUUUGAAGUAAAUCAUCCAAAACUCCAGUUCUAGUUUUGUUAAAUCUGAAGGAUUAUUAUCGACAGGGAUCCUGAGGGCAAGGAAAUCAACCCUUCAGUUAUUGAAUACUUUGCAAAUCCUAGAAGUUCAUGAGUGCAUAUGUGCAGACACACAUUGCGAGAUGUAGCUUAGUAUACAAUUGAGGACCCAGGUGUUAAAACAUAUCAGAUAUGCCAUUUAUAUCAGAGAUUAAUCCACCAAAUGUUUUUAAAGUCUGUAUUUCAGGAGGGUCAAAUGUUUGGUUCCUGACUCACACAGUUCAGAACAUAGACUGAAUAUACUAUGGACAACUUGGUUCCUUCCACCAGUAUACUGUGCCGUGUUUUUUCUCCACUUCCUGAGACCAACAUUGCACAGUAGCGUUGUACACUUUCAGCAGGAGUAGCGAAAAGUUGCUGUGAUGACGCUCGGCUCAAACAGCAUAUCCCCCGGGUGAGCUACGCAAUCUUCAUGCGCCCAUAGGCUGUAUCAAGUGUCACUCAUAGAAAACAUGAACCCCCUAAUAACUUUUAAAAAUGGAGCUGCACAGAAAAAAAAGGACUUGAGCUCAAACCAGUCUUACAAUAACUACAUGUCAACAUCGCAACCAGGGGGGAGAACAAUUUAUAUUCUGUGUAAUACAUUUCUGAAGUUUGUCCACAGCUCCAUAGAGAUUGCUGGAGGAGGCGGGAUUUGUGACCUAUACUGCAACCCGUCACCAGAGGGUGCUGUUCUCAGAGUAGCUUCACCCAGCGAGGAGGCAGAUGGCGUCCAUUCUAUCUACGGUCUAUGGUUUUGACACAACAAUGCAAUAGUUUCAGGGUAGAUAAAACAAGGAUAUUGUACCAUAGAGACCAAAGAAUCAAGAAUCAAUCUUACAAGGAAUGUGUUUUACUGUUAAUGGGAGGAAAUGUGUAAAACCUGAGAGGCAAACAUCUAGCUCGACACAUACUAGGUACACUUCCUUAAGAGGGACUGAAAAUACGUUUAAUUCAGUUUGUAUAGUGUUUUCUUUUCUCUCCUUUGAACCACAGCACACCAGAUUUAUUUUGUGAUUUAAGGUAGGACUUUCUGUUUUCCAGCAGUGCCGUUUCUUUACCCUUAUUUUGUCUAUCGAUCCGCCUCCCAAAAGUACUAACCCCUGCUUUACCUUUCAUUACCCGGUCCUCUCGGCUCUCUUACAUAAGCCUCUCUCUUGACUCGGCCUUCUUGUGAAAGAUGCAGCCCAGACUCUCAGCGUUUGAUUCUCUGCCUCUGCCUCUGCAAUGCCUCGGCUCUCAUCCCCGUGUGCAUGCAGAAAUAUGGAAUCAGCAGGCUUGCUUCUCAUGCCCUGCAGCCCAGUGUGCAUGAGGAUAAGAUGAGAACAUAUAGGACAAGAAUAUUGUUAGAGGAGGGGGGGUUUGUUUCAUCUCAGGCAUGUCUCAUGUGAUCUGUAAUCCAAAGCUGUGAACAGUUAUUAUGUGAAUCUCGAGGUGGGAGGAGGAGACACAGUGUUGUAUGUAGCUGAAGACUUCCUCAGGGCUAUGUAAUAUUGGUCUUUCAGCUGUAUUUCAUGAGAUUUUAGGGUUGUGUUUCCUGCUAUAAUAGCAUUCAACACAGCUCACUGAGGAAAUAGCCAAAGUGGAUAUUUUUUUUCUUGAAAUACAAAUUUAAACGAAUGAUCUUAUUGUAGAAGUUGUUUUUAGAGACGCACUGAUCCAUUUUUUUCCAAUCCGAUACCGAUACCUGGGCUGAGCGUACAGGCUGAUAUCUGAUACUGAUCCAAUACUGCUGUUGAAUGAAUGAACAAUAUACCUUGACCUGUGAGUGAAGGCAUCAGGCUUGACAUUAGUCUUGUUAAAAAAACAACAACACAUUAACACAGAUAUAAUUUUCCUAAUAUUAUUUAUUAAAGGGAUAUUCCAGCGUAAAAUUAAGUUAGGGUCAAACACAGCAUAACACCGAGUUAGACACCCUGUCGAGAGAUGAAUGUUGCCGACUGCUUGCCUUUCUAGUUUUACCAACUUUAGUGACGACUGCAUGAUAGCAAUACAUGUGCUCAACCAAAACGCCACUCUAUAGCCACAAAUAAUGCUCAGAACAGCAUCUAACUUCAUCAACAACAGUACAUAUAGGGUUCCAGCCACAGUACCAGCCACCAAACAUCUUUUUAACUUUGCCUGAUUUCUUUUGCAAAGAGACUAAACACAACUCACCCACUCUCUUCCAGCAGCUACUUGUUUGUAACGAGACCUCAGGCCAGUCUGUUAUGGACUGCUGCGGGGUGACGCAGGUCAAGGAAGAACAUUUAUGAUCAUUAUUAUUAUCAUUUCCUUGAAGUAAUAAUCAUCAUAUUGAUCAUUUUGCACUGCAGACGUGGUAGUUCUUCUAGCCUAGCAUCUUGGUCUGAUUUCAUUUUCAUGAGGAAAUGAUCAUAAAUGUUCUUCCUUAAGCUGUGUCACCCCACCGAAGUCCAAGGUCUCCGUACAAACAAGCAGCUGCUGGGAGAGAAGUUGAGUUGUGUUUAGUCUCCUCUGCGUCAUUAAUCAGAUAUCCGAUCUAGUUAAUUUGUCAAUAUUGGAGCUGAUAUCCGAUCCAAAUAUCAGUUCGGUGCAUCCCUGUUUUUACGAUUUAAAGAUCAAAUUAGGGUGUUUUCCUGUUUGCUGAUCAGCUAAUGGAUGCUUUCAGUCUCUAAGAGAAUUCCUAAUUGUAGUACAUGACCAGCCUCUCUGCACCCACCUCUCUCUCUCUCAGUGACUCCCCCUUUUGAAGGGGCUCUUGUGUUUACACACAGACCUUUGUCUGUCACUGAGUUGACUGGGAAAAAAGGAUGAAAAAGGGGAAACCUCAGCAGCACAAGUGGUAGGCAUGCAGCCCGGUACUCGAUGAAACCUGGAAGGAGAUUAAAGUGAGGUGGAUUCUCAGGGUAGAAUGGCACUUAAUCUUGUUCUUCAAAGCAGGUGACUGUCAAAUCAAACAGCUCGCCUGCCUGCUCGUACAUUCCUCUGACUUUCCUCCAAAGACGAAAACAAGCGACCAAAGCAACUGUCGUUCCCGAGUGCCUAAAAACAACAGUAUAUGUUUAUGUAGUGGAUCUAACGCUAUAAUGUUGUGAAGAAGGAAGAGACGCACUUUUUACAACUGUGUUUCGGCGUUUUAUUGCCCAACCAGCUGCAACAGCAACUCCAGUGAAAAAGGAACAAAGGAAUCAGAGAGUUUCUUGAGCAUGUUUACUGUCAAAGCUUUCAAAAUGUGGAGAAAAAGAGAGAAGCAUAUACAAAAAAUAAAUCAAUCGUCAUGUCAUGUGGUUUAUGCACAGAUAGUUUGCUCAUGUGUCAUGUGUGAAUUUCAUGACCCCUCCUGCUGUGCUGGUACAAAGUGUAUGUUUGACGAACUCUCUGACGGCUGAUAUUAACAUUAAUUGUGAGAAAAGGUCAAGUGUAAACCUUUUUCCGGCGGUCAGACUCACACAGAUCCCCACAUGAGAGCGUUAUUACCGUGUCCUUUGUUACUGAUGAGGCAGUGGUGCAACUCUGCUGUCAGCAUGGACAAACCCCCUCAGGAUAACCACAGAGGAGAGUGAUUCUGACAGCUGACAUUUACCUUGACACACCUGUCAGUCACCCUCAACCUGUCAGAUAGUCACACAUAGACCGGUUUCCUGUUUGUCGUCCUAUCGGCGAAUCAAAAAGCCUGUUUACUGCUUUUUUUAUUGGCGUAUUUUUAGAAACACAAUGCCGCUCUUUAGCAGGGUUCAAUUUCAUGAUGGAGCGGCUCAUGAUAUCAUCCCACAUUUAUGAGAGGUUGUGAUCUGUCUAUCAUUAUCAUGGAGCAGGGCAGCAAGGUGAACAGUGCAGUGUUUGAUGCUGAGGCUAAGCUUCCUGGCUCUGUUUAUCAGGAGAUUUCUUUGAAUGUUAUCAGGUAAAUCACAGAGCUCCCGGAUACAACCGAGUGCUUUCAACCCUCGGUUUGCUUCCUCUAAUCAAAAAGUAAAAACCUGCAGUCCUUGCUCCAGGAUUUUGGUCUGUGAGUCAUAUUUUGAGUGAUAUAACUCCUCUGCUGUGUGCCAAACUUGUCACCGUGCUCUUGCAUUGUGCACUCAGGAGAAUUUAUUUUCCCCCGAAUACAUUUUCUGCAGCCUGUCUUUUAUGAAAUCAUUGAUUUCCAGUCCUGUCAGCGCAGCAGGACACUUCCCUCAUCGGCCCUGGCAGAAACACAAAUACAGAAAAGCUGCUUAAUAAUGCAGGAGCUGGAGCAUCAAUAAAGCAGACAUGGGAGGCGUGAGAUUAAUGGCCAGGUCGUAAACUGUUUGAGGUCCCUCUCCGUCAGUACGUGACUCCAUCAGGCCUAACAAGGUUCAACAACAUAACCUGCAGUCAUUCAGGAAGCUAAACUGGAGAGUGGAGAUAACCUUUACAGGUUUGCUGUGAGUGUUUGUUUUUUUUUCUGUGGAAAAAGCUGGUGCUGCAGUGAGCAGAAACAGAGAGGUGCAGUAUGGUGGGUUUCAGUCCCUGUCAGCGAUGAAAAUAUUUACCUCUGUGAAAUAAAACUGUGAGGGUCAAAGAAGAAGGUCUCAGCUUUCAUGAAGGUUGCAGAUUGUACGUAUGUGUCAGAAUUUAUCGCCUUCCGGGGAGCUGUUUGGCUCACGCUUCCAGUACAGAAAAUGUUUACGGUGAUGAGUAAGUCAUCACAGAGGAGGAGGAAGACGACUGAUUGUAAAUAUCCUGAAAUAACUCAUGUUUAUUAUUUCAGAUGUGAAGAUAUGAUUGGAAAUAUGCGCUCUUACCUCAGGAUAUUUCUUAUUUUUAAAAACGUAAUCUUAGAUGUGACAAAUCUGACCUCUUAGAUGAUUUAAAUUGCAUGGAUUAAAGACUGUUUAACCCAGGAUUUUCUUUUUUAUUGCUCAUUUAUCAAUGAGAACAUUUUGAGGGACCUUAAAAUGAACAUGGGACCUCAAAAUGAAUGCAGCUUAAUACCUUGUAUCUAAAAUUACUUCCCCACCCUCACUAACAUUGCCUUUUUCUCUCCUUUGCUGUCAUUUCACCAGGAGGUAGAGGUCAGUUCUCUGUUUUCUAUAUCGCUCCUCAAGCUGCCUUUGUAAGAUGUCUUUUUCAUUCAUGACUCAUACCCUUGUCUCUUUGUGCGCCAUUAUCUCUGCUUCUCUGUCCAUUUUCUCCUUCCCUCUUUUUAUUUCAAAUCUCCUUCAACUUGCCCAUUUUAAUUAGAACGAUUAAUGUUGUAAUUAACUUUUAAAAAAAAAGCCGGAGUUUUAUAAAAAAAGCUGCUCACCCUCCAUGCCAUAUGUCUAGCAUGUAAAGGCAUCGGUGCAGAUUUGUUGGGCUCAUUCUCAUAUAGAUGUACAGCCACGGUAAAAACCCAUCUGUCUUAUGUGCCUCACUCGGCUAAUUAUCAUGCAGCUGCAUGCUACUGUAGACAUGAUGAUCAAUAUGCAAUGGUAAUGUAAACUGUGUCACUUCUAUAUGCAGAUAAAUGGGUGAUAAUACAUUGUGGCUUUUCAUGUGUGUUUUUUUUCUGUGCUGCAGGAUUCAUGAUUGAUUUUUCUGUUCUUGCAGGAUGAUUACGUUCGUACCUGGGAUGAAAAUCAAGGGUCCAGUGACAGUGAGUCACAUCAUCUUUUGUUUUCUUACUCUAUUUACUCUGCUUCACACAAUCCUAUUUAAAACAUGAUUAUGAUGGUGAUUGAAUAGAAUAGCUGUUUAUCACCAAUUUCACAAUAUGGGUACACAAGAAAUGUUGUGGUUUACUCCUACAGUCAGCUUAAAGAGAGAGAAAAAGAGGUUAAUGUUAUGUUUCACUACCGAGCGUUAGAUAAUCGUCCUCCUCGAAGCUUGUUUCUUUGGAAAGAUGAAAUACUUUCACUGAGGGACAGCAUAGAUUCAGAUUCGCUGCUUAUAAAGAUUCAAAGCCGCGUCUCUCUCUCUGCUGCGUGGAUGUUUUAAACUCACUUGUCAAGGAUGUAUUCGCUGUCCUCACACAGCAGAAAUUUUCCUCUGAAUUCAGGGAGGCGAGCUCAAACGCUGUUAUAUUACAUACUGCUGCGCUUCAAGACGCAAGCUUUUUGAAGUCAGGGAAAAUGACUAAGUGAGGGCCUGUGUCCAUUAACACCGUCCUUUUGUGCUGGCAGUGUCCCUGACCUCAAUUUAAGAGCGCCCCUCGCUUGUUCUUACUGUUACGUAAACCGUCCUUUGGUACUUCUGUUUACCUAAAUCAUGAUUAAGUCUAUCUCAAAAUGUUCUGUACCCUUCAGACAUAUUUGGCUUCAUUCGGAGACAACUUAUGAAGAAAACAGAAGUUAUUGAUGGAAAUUAUGUUGUUGCGUUACCAGCAGCUCGAGACCUUGAAACUAUUGACCUAAAAAAAUGAGUGUGGUUAGUUUCUUCUGUUACUCUCUGUACUCUGUGGAUAUCAGUAGUGAAACCCUGUGAAAUCUCGUUUUGAGGGGAUAUCUGUAUUCUAUCUGUAUUUUGAUUGGCUAGAGAAAUAGAAGCAACAUUAACGAGUGAAGGUAUUCAAAAAAGUUAACUGUGUUCAACUAAGAGUGCUGUGGGCGCAGCAACAAAAACAGCUGAUGCUGAGGGUAUUUUUUCACUCAGUAUGCUGAAAAUGAAAAUGCUUAGGUGCAGUGGAUUUUUGCGUACAAUAAACACUGCCAGUGUGAAAAAAGGUGUUAAUGGUCAUAGGCCCUUACCCUGAAUUUCCACAGCAUCUGUAACAGCAGGAUUUUUCGCCAUUUGCCAAUUCCUACCGGAUCCGUUUGUGAGGUGAACUUUGUGGUGGAUUACGGACAGCGGUAAUUGCAAGAACUCACAAGAACCUGCGGAUUCACGUGCAAUCACGCGAUGACAAGUUGUCUCAAUAAAGACAGCCACAUAGGCUAACCAUAUAAGCAGUAGAUUGUGUCCUUCCAGAGGAGGAAAUCUAAUUCUAGGCUUCUAAAAUUAGCAUCCCCUCAUCUCUGGUGUCUUCGGGAUGAAUACUGUCUAUAAACCUUUCACUUGUUCGUCCCCGCCCCUUUACAUGGUGUGAAAUACGAUCCGCCUGAAACAUGGAGUGUUUUAUUUUGGAAAGAAGGCAGAUAUUUUAUUUUGUGUCUGUGCCUGACUUACUUUCCAGAAGUAAGUCGGGCAAGAACUCUUGCCAUCAGCUGCACAGUCCGGCAAUCCGCAGCAGAAUGGAAAAACGCCGGUGGAAAUUGACACAUUAACUUGAAUGGUUACGAUCAGCUGUGAUCGGAGGAUUUGGCCUUUUCGUAGCUGUUCUGGAUGCAGUGGAAAUUUGGAGUUAUAGUCUCUGCUUCUUGAUUGAGCAGCAAAUAAUCAAGCAUUGAAAAGUGAAAAUAUCAGGCGUAAUUCAAGGUUAAAGCUAAUGUUAGCAUCCAACUACUUCUGAGCUAACACUAGAGUUUAUUGCAUUAAGUAACACCAAUCAUGAAACUCUCCAUAAUAGCAGCAUUAGGCUAGAAGACUCGUGCACAGAUCUCCUAAAGUUUCUUUGCAAGAUGCUGCAAUCCAAUAUCAAACCAAAACAGAGUUAAAUUUAACUGAUCUACUGUAAACAAGAUGAGAUAAAUGUCUCUGUAUAACUGUGUCUGCAUCCAAAACAUUGUGUCACGAGCUUAUGAUGUUUUCUCACAUGCUGCGAUUUAAGACACAAACACAAAUUUAAACAUGUAAGCCAAACAAGUCGAAAAUGUUUGGAUUAAGCUGCCUCGGAUACUUGCUGAUGCCGUAAAAGCAAAGCCACAUAAUUUAUUGAAAGUGGAUGUCAUUAGCUUGGACUGUGGCCUGAAUUUGAACUGUGAUACAACCCUGACUGUCAGCAGUUCAUCGCGUUAGACAGCGCUGCGAACAGUCUGUUUGUAUACCGGGGUCAGCCACUCACUGUCCACACUUGUAGUAGGUCCUCAGUGAAAAGAGUUGAAGGAUGUUAGCGCUCUGUUUUAUCUGCUUCAGCACAUCUGAAGUGACUCCCCAAGGAAACACUAAACAUCGACUCGACUUCUACACAUCACUUCUCGGUUCUGCUUCCUACUUUUUUCUCCCCUUUCUCUGCACUCGGGAGCAGGAGCCGUGCGCCUAGACAGACUGUCCUCCUUCUCCUCUUCUUCUUCUACUCCUUCUGCGACUUAAUUGAGCCCCUGCAAGAUGAAGUCAUGACAGAGUCGUGUCCUCGACCAUUGUUGCUUGAUUUGCAGCUUAAAUGAAGUCAGCUGAAUGGCAGAGUCCAUUAGCGCAAUUUCCAAGGGCUUAAUGAAGGACUAAUUAUGGCUCCCAAUGAAAGGCCAAAGAGAGAGAAGUAAAAGCAUGAGGAGAGAUAGAGACAGGGGUGCAGGCUAAUUUGCCCUGAUUUAGUCUAAAGUGACUGACAUUAAUAUUAUUCCUGUCAACUCUAAAGCAGUUUGGUGAUGAGGGAAUUGCGAACUGAGGGGAAGAAGCAUGUUGACAAGUGUAGGAGGGUGUGAUCGGAUGAAAACACACCAGAAAAAGCAGAAAGAUGAAAGCUGUUUACUUGGAAGAAUACUAAGAAGAGGUCAGCAGUCUGAAAAAUCUUCUGGCCAAAAACCUGGUGUACUGAAACCUAAAUAGAUUGUAUAAUAAGUGUAGGAGCUCCAUUUUUCUUUUUUGGUAUACAGAUACCCCGCUGUUACAAAAACAAAGACACUGAACCUGAAAUUUGGGUUUUCAAGAAUAUUGAUUGAACACUGAAAACAGCUGGAUAAAGGCAUUAAGGAGAAAUAACAGGAUAUGACAUAUUUAUUUGCCUAAAUCUGUUAUUUUUUCUGAUUUCAAGAACCCAAAAUUCAGGUGUUAUUUGAAUGGAUUUAGUUAAGACAACACAAGCCUCAAAAGCAGAGCGACUUCACUGCUUCUUGAACAGAUCUUAAACACUGCUGAAGCUGAAAAAACAGCAAUUUUUGUCAAGAAUUUCCCAAAUUCUCUCUCAAUUAGAUUAAAAUCAAUUAAAACAUAAAAACUAACUCAGAUUUUUACCUGAACUGGAUGGUUAUGAUGAAACAGAAAUGUAGUGCUUUAAUUUGAAACUCCAAUGAAAAACUUGCAGUUUGUGUCAAUAUUGGUAUCCCUGUAGUCAAUGUGGUACUUUUUAUCAGUCUUGUGGAAACUAUAAACAGUCAGUGUAUCUUUUUAUUGAAUGGAAAUAUAAAAAAGUUUUCUGCAGCUUGUAGUUGAUCAAAUUGUCUGAAAUCUGCCCCGCGGCAGCGUUUUUAAACAUUGAAAUGAUUAUUUAGAGAGGGUUAGUCUUCUUGAUGGGGUGUUUUUACGCUUUUGUAGAUCAUAGAGAGACAGCAGUAUUAAAAUCAGCUGGUUAUAAUUACCAGUUACAAAGUCCUCACUGGAGCUUUAAAUAAUACAACAGUUUCAGUUGUGUUUUUUCCCCAGAUCCUUUUUUUGGAUUUUUUAGUUGGACAUUUUGGAAGUAAGCUUUGUUGCUUUUUAUUUCGUUCUUUUAAUAAAUCAUUUUUUGUUCUGCAAAAAAAACAAAGGAGACUAGGAAUACAACAACACAUCAACAUACAAUGAACCAACAGGGACAGAGGGGAAGACAGGGACUAUAUACACACUGGUUAACGAGCAACAGGUGAGGCAAACGAGACACAGGUGAAACUUGUUAGUGAUUAACGAAAGGAGGGCAAACUAGGGAAGUAAAAGCAGACUAGAAACACGAGGAAUCAACUACUAAAAAAUGUAAAGAAUAAAACACAGAGAAAAGGUGGGAAAUAGGGUCAGACACAAACUAAAAACUCACAAGACUGGACUACAGGGGAACAGGAACAAUGGGGAAUAAAAAACACAAGGGAAAACUCAAGGAAAAUACACUUAAAUCACAAAACCAGGAAAAAACUAAAUCAACAUAACAUAUUAUGACACUUGCAGGUUUUUGGUUUGUCGUCAACCAAACUUAAAUAGAUCAACUUCUCAAGCAGCACCUCCAUAAUAAAAGUGGCCAAUAAUAUGAAACUUCAGGAAGCUUAAAAAUUUUUGCAGUAGGUUUCCAGCCAAAUGGUUUUCCGUCUGUUUCAUUUCCCGUAGCAUAAAACCCUCAUUUUUCUCAUUUUGAUACUGGUUUGCUAUCUCCCUCCAUUGAUCUGCCCUCCUUUAUGAGCGGCCUAAUGAAGCAGAGAAGCAAAAAAAAAAAGAUGUGUCCCUCUGAGAUGUCUCCAAAUCAGUGUGAUGUCUUUACUUCCUGAGCUCAGAUGAGCCCGCAGGCCUGGUUUCUGUGCCAAGAAGGCUUCACUGCCGUGUAGAGGAAGACAGAGCUUCUGAACUGUCAAUGCCCCUAACGCACAGCCAGACAGUGCCAAAUUCAUGCAGAGGUGGAUAUUUGCAUGCAAGAGCCACACUCCACUCCAACCAGCGCUGUGCUGAUUUAGGGAGAGGUCAGGGUAAUUUGCAGUCGAUUUCCACAGCCGAUUCAUCAAUCAGGCAACUGAUUGAAUCACCUCGCUCUGAAGACAGUAAACACUGCAGGAGAGCAGUUGUAAUGUUGGACUCAUGCACACACAAACAUCCUCUCGAGUGUUUGUGUACAGCACUCACAGGAGAACUAUACACCUUUGAGUGUACCUUAUUUUCUAGACACUUAUCUCAGCCAGGGAUGGCCAGGUGAAUGGUGAAUUGACACCUCUGGCAAAUCAAUGCUUUCAGAUCAAUUGCAGACACCAAGGAGAUAUGGAAACACGCUGAGUCCACACUCCACAAGGUCUUUGGUUUGAUACUUCUUAAGACUAUUGAUGAAUGCUGCUGCUUUCACAAAUGACAUUUAUUGGACACCUUUGCUGAAAUUCUUAGCCGUAUAUUUCCCCACAAGCUCGGAGCUCAGCAUCAAGAUAAUCAAGCAGCUUUUUUAUUCCUGCAGUCUGUAAUGGUUCUCCGCAGCUGUUAAUGUUUUUAACAAUAUCCACUAAAUCAGGCUCUCCCUCUACCAGGGAGUCUGCACCCUGAGCCUCCAAAACUAGACACUGCAGUCCUCCAGGGACUGACGCAGCCCUUUUCACUGCCAUAACUUUGUCCACUAUCACCCCUUCUUCUCCCUCCUCAGACCACCUGGGACUGCUUCCACUGAAUUAAAAAAGAAAGCAAAAGACACACAAGACUUCUAAAGGAUUCACAUAUAAGUCUAGUGUUUUUUGGUGAGCACUUUAAAGGGAUACUCCGGCGUAACAUUAAUUUAGGGUCAAACACACCGUAACACCGAGUUAGACACCCCCUUGAGAGAUGAAUGUUGCAGACUGCUUGCUUCUCUAGUUAUACCAACUUUAGUAACGACCGCAGGAUAGCAAUACACAACGGUCUGAGGAGCCAUUAACAAACCUCAACCAAAACGCCACUCUAUAGCCACAAAUAAUGCUCAGAUCAACACCUAACUCCAUCAACAGUACAUAUAAGGUCCCAGCCACCAAACAUCUUUUUAACUUUGCCAAAUUUCUUUAGCAAAGAGACUAAACACAACUCACCUACUCUCUUCCAGCAGCCUCUUGUUUGUAGUGAGACCUCGGGCCAGUCCAUUACAGACUGCUGCGGGGUGACGCAGCUCAAGGAAGAACAUUUAUAAUUUCUUUAUCAUUUCCUUGAAGUAAUAAUCACCAUAUUAAUCAUUUUGCACUGCAGACGCGGUAGUUCUUCUGCCUUAGCGUCUCGGUCUGAUUGCAUUUCCAUGAAGAAAUGAUCAUAAAUGUUCUUCCUUGAGCUGUGUCACCCCGCUGUAGUCCAUAAUGGACUGGCCCGAGGUCUCGCUUCAAACAAGUGGCUGCUGGAAGAGAGUAGGUGAGUUGUGUUUAGUCUCUUUGCUAAAGAAAUCAGGCAAAGUUAAAAAGAUGUUUGUUGAUGAAGUUAGGUGCUGUUCUGAGCAUUAUUUGUGGCUAUAGAGUGGCGUUUUGGUUGAGGUUUGUUUAUGGCUCCUCAGACCACUGUGUAUUGCUAUCCCGUGGUCGUUACUAAAGCUGGUAAAACUAGAGAAGCAAGCCGUUGGCAAGAGCCAUCUCUCGAGGGGGUGUCUAACUCUGUGUUACGGUGUGUGCCGGUGUAUGCCUUUAAGCUAACAUUAUGAGCUUGGCACCAAAACGCGGUAAGAAAAGCUAGCUGGCAAAGAUUGAGUCACUACUUUAUGAUAGCCAGACACUUCUUUAAGACUUUGAAGAUUAAAACAGAGCUGGAAGGGGAGUGAAUCUUCAACUUUAAUUUAUCAAGUGGGCACAAACCUGCACACAAAGUAAAUGCUAACACAGUACCCUGUCUUAUUGAGCUGCUUUUGCUUACACAGCUGAUGAGUUUGUUGUCCUUAAGAUGUGCUGUGUCCACAAGCAAAACAAAAUUAAUGAAUGCAAUUUGAAGUGAGGAUAUUUAUUCUCCUUUUUUGCUCCAUCAGUUUGGUGCAAACUUUAGCCUAUUAGUCUGGCUUGACUGACUUCUACCUAGCUAACAAGAUAAUACUGAUGUUAGAGACUGAGAGGGUAAAUAGCAGAUAAGAGGGGUUGAUAAUGAGGAUGUGAACUGGGCUCUGUUUACUCUAUCCUCUAUCUGCAGGGAUAAACCUCAUGUAAAUCUGGAUUGGAUUAGACCAGAGCGCAGGGGAGCCUAAUUAGGAGAGGUUUACUGCUGCAGGCAUUAGUUAGUUGCUAUCGGAGAGACUUUGGAAAAGUAAAAAUGGAAGUAGGUGGGUGCAUCGAGGGGUGACGACCUGCAUUCAUAACAGAGAAUACGCAGCGGAGAUCUUUGAUGAGCGGGAAAGACAAAGGGGAAAACAGAUUGAUGGACAUGAUUGCACAACACGAGUUUCAGAGGCAGAAAGAGAGAGAGAGCGAGAGAAAAAGAGAGAGAGUUCUGAGAAACACCAGAUUGAGCUGCAAAUCACAGUCAACCCAGAAAUGAUUCCCGGACCUCGGAGAGCCUGUUGCUAUGGAAACAUCAUCAUCGCAGGCGCUGCUUUAAUCCGUGGAAGCCUGUUAAGUUAACAUGAGGCUCAGGCAGCCACCUUAUGCUUCUGUACCCACAACACAAAGCUGUGCCAGCAUUGUAGCCGCUCACCAAGGACGAGAUUUAUUUACAAAUGUUUAGCUAUUAGACGGCAGGAUUAUCUGUUCUCUGUCUGUCUGCUCCUUUUGGUUUCUUUUGCUUUAAUAUUGGCUAAAUCUCCCUCGGAUGGAUUGGAAAAAAAAAAAUCAUAUUUCCGUCUUACCCUCUUUUUCUGUGCAGUCUCUUUACCCUCCUUUGUUUCAGAAAGUAUCGACUGCUUCUGCAGAUGAAUCUAAAGACGCGCUUGUGCACAUCAGAGCAAAACAAUAGGAAGUUUUGAGAAAGAAAGGCAGAGACGGAUAGGGAGAGAGAGAAAAGCUGGCAGGCACGCGUGAAACACCCCUACACAAUCAAUGCUAACUGGUCUAAGAGAGAAGAAGGCUCCAGUGUUGACAGUCUGAAUGGAUGAGGAGUCUGCAUCUGGGCAUUAAUGCCUCCUAGCCGCUCUGCUCUUCAGUCAGAGCAGUCAGUCAGUCAGUUAUACAACCAGCUCAGCCAUGACAGGGGGGUGUAUUGUUUUGGAUUUACUUCUCAAAUCAGAUAUCUGUCGGUUCGCUUCGAUAAUCCUGUGAUGUGGGCAGCAUUAAUGUAUUCAGCCACUGGAGAGGACAAGAGGAGAGCCUAAGCCUGCCUGAUAAAUUUUAAUAGUGCCAUAAAAGAGGAUACAGUACGAGCAGGGGGAGGAAAGAAGCAUCUUUGUGAAUAAGCUGUAUGCCAGUUUACUGUACUGAUGGAUAGUGGAGGUGAAUAAAGGAUGGGGGACACGAAGGGAAUCGAGUGCGACAUCCAGGUUCGGCUCCAGGCGGCCUGUGAGGAACGGACAGCUGUGACAUAUGAGCCCGUGUGAGGGGGCGACACACAGUCCGGCUUUAGCUGCUAGCAGAGAGUAUGAUGGAUGGAGAAGAGGGCACUCUCAACGCAGAUUUUAAAUUAUUCAAAAAUUAUAGAUAUGAAAUGCAGAUUAACAGAUAUAAUUUUAAGACAUUUAUACUUUGAUGUAAAUUAUCAAUAUUUUGAUUAUUAGUCUAUAAAUACUUUGUCUUCUUUCUGUUUAAUGAAAGUGAAUUCUGGACAGUUACUUUUUAAGAAAUGACAUAAUAUACAACACUGUGUCAUUAAUAAUCUUUUCUUAUGUUAAAAACUAUUAAAUUUGCUCUCUAAAGUCUAAAAUACAGAAAGCAAAGUUUGACCUUGUGGUACUUUUUCCAUUAAGUGAUUGAAUAUGCGUCAACCUAAGUGUUAAAAUAUGUUUACGUUAUUCCAGAAAACCUGUUUGUUUUACUAGCAGAAGGUCAAAUAUAUGUCUAGAAAUAAUGCACGCCCUUCCCUGAGUAUAGCGCAAAAUGCCCAAAGAAACAAAUGGAGUUGAACAGUUCUGCAGUGCUCUAAAAAUUCAGACCGACUCCAAGGUUGUAGUGAAAAAAAAAAUAGAUUUGGUAUUUGAGACUUGGAGUGUAGCAUGGUGGGCUAUUGGUGAUACAAAGAAGAGUAAACAGUGAAGCAGUGUUGAUACUACAACAGUGUGCGUCUCAUUUUCUAUUUCCUCCCAGAUGUAGACACCACUAAGGACCCUUGUCAAAAGGUUAAGUGCAGCCGACACAAAGUGUGUAUUGCCCAGGGCUACCAGAGAGCUGUGUGCGUCAACCGCAAGAAACUUGAACACAGGUGAGUGUGCGCGGCUCAUGAGCGAGAUCUUACCGACUCCCAUAAUGCACACAUCCUCAAGAACAUUCCCUGUUAAUGCAAAACCCACAUAAGGUCAAUACAAUCAAGUUUACAGCCAGGCACUUGUACUGGUUUUAGGUCAGAGAAAUAUGACUCCCUGCUGUUUAAUGAUAAGCUAAUACAUUCAGACCACAUGGAGUGGGGCUGUUUGCUUCAUCUCUAGGUUGAUGCUCCUGCAUCUGGACUUUGAAUUAGCUCUGCAGCUCUGGAUUUACAGAAGCUGAAGUGUUUGUGUCUCCACUGUCCUGCAGGCUGAAGCAGCCAGCUCUCAGGUCUCCUGAUGGGAACUGUCAGCCAUGUCCCAUCUCCUCCACCGGACCUGUGUGCGGAUCAGACGGACACAACUACGCAUCAAAGGUAGAUGGAAGCAAAGGUGUAACCCUGUAUAUAGCCCUGCUUUUCUUAACAGAGUAGCUUUGUGUGAAAUUAUGUUUUAAGUCCCACUCUGAUCAAUUUUUUACUACUUAAAGUGUUCUCAGUGGUCUUUAAAUUGUGAUUAUGAAGUGUUUACCAGAAAUCGCGUUACCUGUCAUUUUCGUCUGCCAGAGAUUCACAGCGAUUUGAAUGAAGAAAUACUCAGAAAAGCAGUUUACCAUUUAGUUUUCUCAUGAUAUGUCGUGUAGCAUCAGAAAAAUGCCAUAUGAACAUAUAAAAAAAACAAGAAGAAACAUCAUUUUCAUCUAAGAGAGUCUUUAAGUGCACUGAGAGAUAUAAUCGUUUUCCUGUUUUCAUAAAAAUGAAGUAGAGUAAAUAAUGAAAACUGUUCAAGCAGCACGAUGAGCUAAAGCCUCUAAAAAGACUUCAAAGACAAGUCAACACUUCUCUCAAAAGGGUUUAAAUGAAAGUGAGAUUUGGAGACUUAAUUUGCACACCACAGACAGGCACCUUUCUUAGACUUUACAAACAAACUCCUGCUUGAUUGAGAUUACCCGGAGAGCAGAAAAAAAAGACUACGAGAAAACAGAAAGUGUCUCUGAUUGUUUGGGAGAACUUCAAUGACCCAGACUAAAGUAGUCAUAUAAAAAUAAAAGGAAGACAAGAAGAAGAGACGUCCAAGAGACCAUCUUGGGAAUGCUAAUCACUCAGCACUUUAGAAGUCAGAUGUUUCCCUCGGGAGUUGGUGGAGGGCCAGACACCCAGCUAGCACUGGAUGUCAAAUUAAUAACAUACUUUGGAGUUUGACAUUGGCUGGGCAUUUCUGUUGUGCAUAAAAAUCACAUAUCUGUCUGAAACACAAAGCUGGGCCGACAUCUGCCACUAAUAAAAAAAAAAGGAUGUUGACUUUGCCAAGAUGAUGUUGGAUUUUGAGUGCCCAAAACCACAAAUUAGAGGUACAGAAGAUAGACAAGAGAAUGUUGUUCAAAGAUUCUAGUUCAAAACAAAAACACUCCCCAAAGUGACUGUGGCCUUCGAGGACAAGAAGCUGCGGUGAUGCAUGAUAAGUAGGAUCCUCCACUUGUUAAGAUUUUACCUUCAAAAAUAUGCAUGAUUAUAAAUUUUGGUGCUCAAAAACCACUCUCUUCACUGGUGCAGCUACUUAUUCUAUCCAAAAACGUGUAUGUUCUUAAGUUUGCAUGUUCUGUACUACACAGGAAUAUUGGUACAAUAUAGCUACCUCGGGAAGUGAGUCUGCUGCUGUGUAGAUACACAAAACAACCAAUAUUCAGGUGAUAAAUCACAUUUUCUGCCAAGAGCAUGAACUGUUUAGAAGAAGAUCGAAUUUAUUUUCCAGCAAUAUAAUGUGUUGCCAGUUUGGCGCAGCAGUUAAAUUACACAUACGAUGUACAGCAGCUUUAGGUUUAGAGAAAAGUAUGUAUAUUUCCGUGGGCUUAAUCAGUGUAAUGAAUCUGUGCAUUUCUCGAAAAAGAAAGUAAGCGUCAGUGGGAAUAAUCACUGGGUGUAGGUGGAGGGUGCAAAUCAUUGGCAGUGAAAGUGUACCGCAUCCGCCUGAAGAGUGAAAAUUAUGCUCAUGUAGGUGUAGAUUCAGCUUCUCACAGUGUAUGCGCUACAUGCCUUGGAAUAGCAUAUGUUAAGCUAGUCAAAUCAUCUUGACAUUAACAAACGCAGGUUAUACUGACAGACUCCCACUAUUGAGAACAGAUGUAGAAUAAUAUGUGCAUCACUCAGGUGCUAGUACCGUCUUCACAGCUUUGACUCGAGUUUGUACGUGAAGACAUAAUGUACUACGGCUUGCGGGGGAGUGACACACACCUCGCACAUGCAGGGGGUAGCAGUGUGAGGGGAGUCUCGAGGGGGAAAAGGAGACAAAGAUCCAUGAUACAUGGCCUCACGAAGACCAAUUGGUAGUUUGUGGUGACAGAAACCCAUGUGUUUAUUGAUUUAUGCUUUGUCUUUUGGAUCGCUAUUCCUGACCUUGCGUGCAGGCAGAGGUUGGAGAAAAUAUUCAGGAGCAAGACUUGGAUAUGAAUUAAGGCGUACAGUCGGUCACCUCAUGAAUAUUUGAUCUGUGUUGCAGUAAUAAGUCAUUUUUUCUCACCUUUGUGUCCCCUUGCCGAUGCUACUGCUGUGUGUGUGUGUGCAUGUGGAUGUGCUCAUCGGUGUUUGUUUUUGUGUUGCAGUGCAAGCUUGAGCAGCAGGCAUGUCUGACUGGGAAGGAGCUUACCCUGAAGUGUUCGGGUCUGUGUCCUUGUCCAACAGCUGCCCCUCCGUCCAAAGACAGUAAACAUGGUAAAAUCAGACACAUGGCAGAAGUAAACACAUUUAUGAUUAUUCACUGGUUAUCAUUGCAAUACCAGGCGUCAUCGGUGUUUAAAUUCUGCAUCUCUGCAUCACACAUGAUUUAUACGGAAAGCACAUCAUAAAACAUCUUCUUCCUUUGUUUUUGGUAUCCACAGAGAGCUGCACCGGACAGGAUCUGGCAGAUCUCGGUGAGCGUCUGAGGGACUGGUUCCAGCUCCUGCAGACCAAUGCCAAGCAAAACAACAAUAGCAAGCCCGGGGCAAGAACCACAGGAGCCGGCACCACUUCGGGUUAGAGCUAACACUGUAUUAAUCCUCACUGCUCUGAGGGUAACAGUUCUUUUGUGACAGGCAGUCGACUACAAAAAAAGUGUCUCAAUAAGCUGUGAAACCUUGUAGUACAAUGUAUCUCAGUAGACAAUGAAUGUUGUCGCCUUGGAGCUACUGUUGACGUGGGGAUUAUAAUACGGCUGAAAGCUCAAAGAGGGUAUCGUUGUAAACACCCAUUUGUGCCUCAGAAAUAACUAAAAAUGAUAAUAUUACACAAAGCAACAGUAAUACAAUGCUAUGUCUAAAAAUUCUCUCAAAUUAAAGGUGGUGUAGGAAGGAAGCAUCUUUUUUUGUGGUGUAUAUACAAAAAAGCUUUUAAUAUCAGUCAAUAGCUAUUAGUUAUUGAUGACAUUUGGGAAUAUAAUGAUAUCGCUGUGUUUUGUUACGUCUGUGUAGUCAACAUUUUAAAAUUUUUGAGUAGCCCGCUCUUUCUGACUGUAAACAAAGCCAUUCUCUGCCUCCCCCAACCUGAUUGGUUGUGAGGCGGAUGCUGCUUCCUCAUGUUGUGAGGCACACUCCACGAAUAACAAACAAAAGUUAGCGUGCUACAAUAUAGGACAGUAGAAACCAACCAGAAAGUACGGAAAAUUGUCUGAAUCCUCCUUUGGCCACAACUGCCAACACAAGCAAGAAAAUGAACUAAAUACCGGAGACCCUGACGGAACAAUGGGCGCUUAAAACGGAGGUAGACGGGAUAAGAGCUAAAAAGCCAGGUCAACAUGAAAUGAUAGGGGGCGCUUUGGGAUCUUACGGACCGUGUAACUUUUCUGCUGGACAGGUAAACCGCUUUAACAAAGUAAGCCAAGUGUCUGUAACAGAAGUGUUUCUUGUUGCAUGUUGUAGCACCGCUAAACUGUUGACCUUGGGUCCUGGACUAUGUCACUUUAUCCUAAUUUUAGAAGUCCUGCAAACAUUGUGUUUGCUGGUAGUCUGUUGGCAUCUACAGUAGCACCAAUGCUCUUUAUUUUCAUGUUAACUGGGCCCCAUUUGUUAUUAUCUGAAGUAUUCAUCUGCAUUAUAUCUGAAUUUAAUUGGAACAGUACGAGCGAGCACGCGCGUCUGUUUGUGGGCGGGGCUUGCUGGAGCAGAGAGGGAGGGGGGAGGAGGAACUGGUUGGGAGGGGUAGUGUUUUCAUUCAAGAUUUCUCCCAAAAACUGGCACUUCGUCAGAUCCUGCCUACCACACCUUUAAUGUUCAUGCUUAUGCUGUAAGCCCAUCACGUUUUCAGCAUCCCUUCUUUGCAAUAAACUGCUCGAUUUCCAGAGAAUAUUCAAAAACCGUCUGAAGGUCUACAAACUCAAAAACUUUUAUCCUAACUGAUCAGGAUAAUACUCUGUCCCCCACUAGGACGAGUCUGCCUCAAAGAAACAGAGAAAUGCGUUCAAGAAUGAUGAAAAGCCAGCAGUUGUCAAGCACCAAAUCUUAUCAAAACUUGUCAGUGUAGAUGGGAGAUAGUAAUAAAUGCUAAAUCCUGUCUUCAGAGAGAAAAUGCUUUUUAAACUAGUAACAUUAUUAAGAAAAUAAUGGAGGAUUUGCAUUGGACACUGGAGACUGGCAUGGUUUCAUUUUCCAUUUGUACAGCUGUCCCCUGAUAAAAAAUGAAUGCUUGUUUGUCUUUCUUUGUGUUUGCAGUGCUGGAAAGGAGCCUGGUGGCCAGCUGUAAGGACUCAAUAGGCUGGAUGUUUUCCAAGUUGGACACCAACGGGGACCUGUAUCUGGACCAGGCCGAGCUGGCCGCCAUCAACCUGGACAAGUACGAGGUCUGCAUCCGACCUUUCUUCAACUCUUGUGACUCGUACAAAGACGGAAAAGUUUCUACGGCUGAGUGGUGUCUGUGUUUCUGGAGAGAGAGUGAGUAUUCUGGGCUUUUCAUUUGUUUUGAGGUCUUUUACCAAUAUACUGGUGUCUGGUCUGUCACUAUUUGUCUUCCUACUCAUCCCCCUAUUCCCCUUUGGGUUCAAAACUGUCAUCGCAAGGAACUGGAAACAUUCCUGCUGCUGGUUGACUGCCCGAUUUUCUCACAGUUGUCAGAGAUUUUGCCUGUCAGCCAACUAGCUAAGCAAAAACUUUGUGAGGGAUCCAAACUCAAGUACUUUAUUUGUUAAAUAGGAGUCCAUAGCAGGAGAUUUAAAAUUGCUCAUUGUUAACAAGGAAAUGUCUCAAUUUUCACUAUCGGUUGACUUUAUUCUCUUAUUCUGAUGUUAUACUCAGGUAAGAUCCUUACACACCGGCGCCGACACAAAUAUAGAACGCUAUACACAUGACUAUACACAUCAAGCCCGAUGUGAUUUUGCAACUUUCCAUUGUCAUUUAAGAGAUCCGACGCAAUGACUCUUCCCAAGUUGUCCUUCAGGUCUUUAUCUUUGUAAUAUUUGUGUCUUUUAUCAAAAAAUUUAGGACUUGGCUACUUCCAGCUACAAAAUGUAAACCAGAAAUUGGUGACUGCUAAGCAAUUUCACACCUUCUAGCUAACAAAUGUAAGCCUAAAACUGUAUAACUCUAUUUAUUUUAGUCAAUGGGAUAUUAAAUUUGCUUUGAUAAACGACCCUGUCACUCUGUUUGAUGUCUUCGUAGUGUCUCAUCUAUCAAGAAAUUAAAGGAUUUGUCAGAGAAGUCCUUACAUUAUGAUACCAUCUAAGCCCCUCGCCCUGAGUUUGAUGUUUAGGAUGAAUGGGCAACAUGUGCCCAUGGUUAAUUGUGUUUACAAGACUGUAGGUUGUUGUAACCUUGUUUUGUGCCUAGUUCUGCCUUAGGGUGUGUCCGUUUCUUUAUUCCCUCUCGUGAAAUAUUGCUUUCUGUUCUUUUAAGAGCCACCCUGUCUUGCUGAGCUUGAGCGGAUCCAAGUCCUAGAUGGCGGGAAGAGAAAGUUCGGUAUGUAUCUUACUUUUCAUAAGAGCAUUUCAGCCCAAAUGAAUCUGUCUUUCCUGGUUGACGGGUUUCGUGGAGCAGAUGACAAGCAGGAGGCAGGGAUUAGUGUCUGAUCAGUCUUGUGGAUUAGGACUUGAUACUGACAGACGGCAAAAGAAAAACAGCCAUCACUGUGUCAUACAUGUAUGAGCAAGGAAAUAUGUGAAUGUGUGUGUUUGGGCAUGUGUUUGCUAGCAUGUGCGCACUGCAGACUUUGGCUCGCUGACUGGGUUGUGAGUCAGGACUCUCCAAGGACACAGAGUGGCGAAGAGGGGGCAGUCCGCCAGCCUCAUGCUUAGAUGCUCCCUGAAGGACUGGACAGACAGUUCUGUUUGGCCCUGGCCUAUUUGCUUUUCUUUUUUGCACAAUUAUGAAAGCAGCGUUUUUAAUAAUUUACAUCGUUACAAAGCCAUUCAUCUGUGAAGAGCAUGACAGUUUGAUAGCCUACAAGGUUAAGUUUUUCCUCUGUGAUUUAAUGAAUGCAGCUGCAGUAUGUUCUGUCCUUUUCCUUCCUUUUCACACUUCGAUACAUGAACACAAGAUGUAUUUCAUAUUAAUGCAACUGUUGUUAAAUUGAAAACUUUCCAAUCUUGUAUCUCCCUCAAUGAUUAGCUACCUACCUCCCCCUCACACCCCUACAGCACCCCAGUAUGCUGCAAUAUGCUGACUUAAUACUUAUUCACCCCCAUGUUGCACCAUGAACAUAUUUGUAUUCAUGGAAUACUGAAUUGGCUGCCACAUAUGCUGCAUGCAUUACAUCCUCACUUGGGCUCGGUGCCAUGUGCAAUGAGGCAUGAAUCAUGGACUUUGGGGAGAUUGCGUGGUAUGCAAGAUAAGGUCGCUUUGCCAUACCUCACUCUUGUUUAUUUGUGUUUAUUCUGCGUGGAUGCCAGGUCGAUUCAUCCCCAGCUGCGACGAGGACGGCUACUACAGAAAGCAGCAGUGUGAGAGGGGAGAAUGCUGGUGUGUCGACCAAAACGGAGGAGAGGUGGCCGGAUCCAGGAUCCGUGGCAAGCCAGAUUGCGGUAAAUCCCACAGGUUUUAGCUAUCGGCAUAUAAGAACACAAUUUGAAGUUGAAAGCUGAAUGUAGGAAGAGGGAAAAACACUCAAAAUGUCUGCUGUGAAUUGGCCCACUUCCCCACAGCACCCCCACAUGCAUUCUGCACAAGGCUUCCUUUAUGUUAAAGGACUGAGGCCCAAUGCAACAUAACUCACUGCAGGGACCAGUGCCACAUUCAUGUGUCCGGAGUCAUUUGCAUUCUAAAGAGCCGCCUGUCGCUGUGAGAAAAGUCUUUCAAGAUAAAUGAGGACUGGUUGGACUGAACCUGCGGCUGAUAAGAAUGAGUCCCCUGGCAAGGUUUAGAAAUAGCUAUUAAAAUCCAGACAAAGUCAAACACAUUCCCCUUUUUUGCCUUUGCAGUCGAUGUUUUUAAAUUGAUUUCAGCAUUUCUCAUUGGACUCUUUUAAAAAUGAGAGGGAGACAUGCUGAACAGAAUUUAUUGCACUAUACAAGAUGGCCACUGUGGAUAAUUCAAUCCUCUUGGAUCCCCUUUCCCCUGCAUGUGUUUUUUUUUUUCUCCGCAGAUGAUGAAAUGGCAUAUUCAGGUGAUUUUGGCAGCGGGGUCGGAUGGGAAGACGAGGAGGAGAAAGAAGCUGAGGAGACUACAGAGGAGGCAGAAGAGGAAGAAGGAGAAGUAGGAGAGGUGGAUGAUGGGGGCUAUAUCUGGUAGAAGUCAAUAAGGCAGUCCAGUCUCUCUAAAAGAGCAUCUUGAUGGUCCUAAACACACAAACACACAUACAGAUCCUCAAAGAGACAGACGUGGUGGAGGUGACACACUCAGAACAAAACAGGCUGAAGAAAAAGCUAGUGAGGGUUGUACAGGUUCGGAGAGGGAAGAUGCAUAUCUUGUGGGAGUAUUUAAUGUUAUAGGAUGUUCUUUAAACGGGCAAGGGAGGGGAAAUAUCACUAUUAAGAUAUUAUGGGUCUGGAGUCAAGAAUUUUGUCCCCCAUACUUGUGAAUCUAUGUUUUCUUCUGUUGUAUGUCCUUUGAACGAUCUUUGAGCAGUUUUAGCUGAUACAUUAUGGAGACUUUUAAGCAGUUGCAGGUGCUUGCAUAAAAAAAAGGAGAAAGAUCUGGGUGCGUUUCAAUACUCCAGAUUGGCUUCUUUCAUCAUUUACUUUCUGCAGACUAAAGAACAGUCAGAUAACCAGCUUCGAUUCAAGUCAGACGGCAGAGGAUAGAGAGAAGAAGCCAUAUUGGAAUAUUGAAAAACACCCUUUAACUUUACCGUUUUCAUGUCAUACGCUUCAGCUCAUAUGUGACAGUAGUGCUCUGUCUCAUUCAUGACUUAUUGGAAAAAAAAAAGUUUCUCACGCAUCACUCUUUAGCUUGUAAAUAACGUGUGUAUCAGAAGACAGAUUGUCACCUAUUAGUCCUGUUAUCAAUGCCUUGAAAGACUAGCAGAGUAUGCUGCUUGGUUGACAAGUGUAUAUCGUAUCAUGAUGUGGAUCAAUUAUUGUGUUUAUUAAAAAAAUAAAACAAACUGGUCUAUGUGGCCCAGCUGGCUACCGUACAUCUGUGUCUG